CGCGCCCACAGCCCCGGCGGCGGCACGACGAGCGGCGGCCCGGCGAGCGCGCCGCUCCGCUCGGCCCUCCCGCACCGGCCGCCGCCGCCCCUUUCCGCGUUUGCAGCCGCCCGCGUGUCCUCCCGCACCAUGUCGGUGGCUGGGCUCAAGAAGCAGUUCCAUAAAGCCACUCAGUGUUUUGUAGUAUAUUCUGCUAAAGAGGCCACCAGCUGCCUUGUCUCCUUCACCCUUGCCUCCAGGGGACCGGCAGGAAUGACUAUCCAAAUGGUGGACCUUGCCUUCCAGAAAGUGAGUGAGAAGGUUGGAGGAGCUGAAGGAACCAAGCUAGAUGAUGACUUCAAAGAGAUGGAAAGGAAAGUGGAUGUCACCAGCAGAGCUGUGAUGGAAAUAAUGACUAAAACAAUUGAAUAUCUUCAACCCAAUCCAGCUUCCAGAGCUAAACUCAGCAUGAUCAACACUAUGUCAAAAAUCCGCGGCCAAGAGAAAGGACCAGGCUACCCCCAGGCAGAGGCGCUGCUGGCAGAGGCCAUGCUCAAGUUCGGAAGAGAGCUGGGAGAUGAUUGCAACUUUGGCCCCGCCCUUGGAGAGGUGGGGGAGGCCAUGCGGGAACUCUCAGAGGUGAAAGACUCUUUGGACAUGGAAGUAAAGCAGAACUUCAUUGACCCCCUUCAGAAUCUUCAUGACAAAGAUCUAAGGGAAAUUCAGCAUCAUCUAAAGAAGUUGGAGGGUCGACGCCUGGACUUUGAUUAUAAGAAGAAGCGACAAGGCAGGAUUCCCGAUGAAGAGCUCCGUCAGGCUCUGGAAAAAUUUGAUGAGUCUAAAGAAGUUGCUGAGUCAAGCAUGUUCAAUCUCUUGGAGAUGGAUAUUGAACAGGUGAGCCAGCUUUCUGCGCUUGUCCAGGCCCAGCUGGAGUAUCAUAAGCAGGCAGUCCAGAUCCUGCAGCAAGUUACCGUCAGACUGGAAGAAAGAAUAAGACAAGCUUCAUCUCAGCCUAGAAGGGAAUACCAGCCAAAACCACGAAUGAGCCUGGAGUUUCCAACUGGAGAUAGUACUCAGCCCAAUGGGGGCCUCUCCCAUACGUCUACCCCCAAACCUGCAGGUAAGGAGUGGGGACCUGUACACUUUAUUGCAUGAUCUUGGGCACAUCCUGCUGACAUACUUCUAGAAAUUCUAGCAGCAGUCCAGUCUCGCUGCAUAAGAAUAUGCAGUGAUGUAUUUCUUACAGAAGUGUUCCAUCAGGUAGAAAUUCUUUUAAAGGACGCCUUCUCUUCUCAGUGAUCAUUUCUUCCCUCCUUUCUCCUCCUCUCCCCUCUGUAAUUUUUAUUUUUACAUCCCUUUUUCUCUGUCUCCAUCAUCAGCACACACUAACCUCCUGACUAACGCAUUUGAUUUUGACUUUCUUGGAGGUUGUAAGUCGCCUGAACAUACCAGUUUGCUGCUGGGGGCUGGGUAGACAGCUUUCUGUUUUUCCCUUUCUGUGAUUUCAGUUUGAGAGCGAGUGCCCCUAGGUGGUGUGCGCCACAUGCGCUCACACAGAACCCACAGACGGCAGCUCCGCGACUGUGUGCAGUCAGAGUUCUGGAGUCACAGGAGCACACUGUCAAAUAUAUUUGCAGAUCAAUUAUAUUUUGAAUCUCAGCAUCUGCUAGCUUUUCCUCCUCCCCAUGCUCCAACUGAUUCACUGAGCUGUUGUAACAGGGUUGGUAUGGUAAAAGCUAAAAUUUAUUUUUAUCAGGAAUAUUGACAUGUACCCAAUAAGAUGUUCUUUCAGCUGGUACCAUCACUCUCUAUCCCCCUACACACCCCCACAAAUUAGAUAAAAACCUGUGCUUGAGACGUUUCAACCUUACCAUUUGCUUUGUUGAAGACAUGGAAAUUGUCUUAGAAUGGAUAUGGAUUUUAAAGAUAUUCAGUUUUCUCCCGUUUUCCCUGUUGCCUCAACACUUGAUGUUCUACAGGAGGAAAUGUUUUGUGAGAUGCUCUCAGGAGACCAUGAAGGAAAAAAAUGCGGCCUGUGGUGGCAUUUGGAGCUCUCUGCCAUCUGUGUCCACCUCGGCUGCUCAGAGCCCCCAGUGAGGGGUGUGAAAAGCAGCAGCCCUUAGAGGUUAGCUGGCUGCAAGGACUAGCUGUAUAACAUGCAACUAUUUAUAACUUGAUCCUCCCUGCUCAGAAGCCAAUCCCAUAUUUCACUUUUUCAUUUGGACACUUAUUAAUUUUCUGCUUUCUUUAAGUAAAAAUAUAUACUGCAUCAUUUCCUUUGAAAGCUAUCUAGAUGACCCAGGUGCUGUCUGUAUAUGUCUGAGUUUAUUGCGUAAACAUGCUACUAAUAUAUAUGGUCACUUAAAAUAGGUAUGGUUUUAAGAUAAGAUUGAAGAUAUGACUCCAUCCUUCACUGUCUUACUCAGGGAGGAGCACAUUGUUCUGUAUAUGCACUCGUGUUCUACACAGCGUCACACCGCCCAGAGUCUCACUGUUUUGUUUUCACCACAUUAUAGAAGUUUUCCAGAGGCUGGAGUCUUUAUUUGUAAAAAAUGAAAACUACAGUAUACUCUGAGGUUGCAAAGCUUUGUUUGUGUAAUUAACCAGACUGUUCCACUUGUGCAGAGAUUUUAACAUGGUAAGAAUUCUGGUCAUGCUGUAUUUCAACC